AUGUCUCAAGUAAUUAUCAACGACAACGAAGUUGACAUUGUGAUCAGUGCAUUGCACUCUGACCUAACAACUUUUAUGAAUGAAUGGAAGCCAGUUUUCUCCCGUUUCCACCUGAUAAUUGUCAAAGAUCCAGACCUCAAUGGAGAACUCAAAAUUCCUGAUGGAUUUAACGCAGAUGUCUAUACAAAAUCUGAAAUUGAGCAAGUGGUGGGUUCCCCCACUUCUCUUCGCUUCUCUGGCUACGCUUGUAGAUAUUUUGGCUUUCUAGUUUCAAAGAAGAAGUAUGUUGUCUGUAUUGAUGAUGAUUGUGUCCCGGCAAAAGAUGAUGCGGGUAACUUAGUAGAUGCUGUGGCUCAGCAUAUUGUGAACCUCAAGACUCCUGCCACUCCAUUCUUCUUCAAUACACUAUAUGAUCCAUUCCGUAAGGGUGCGGAUUUUGUUCGCGGCUAUCCAUUUAGUCUGCGGAGUGGGGUUGAUUGUGCUCUGUCGUGUGGACUUUGGCUCAAUCUGGCGGACCUUGAUGCACCAACACAAGCUCUCAAGCCAACACAGAGGAAUUCACGUUAUGUAGAUGCAGUUCUGACUGUUCCUGUGAGAGCCAUGUUGCCAGUGAGUGGAAUCAACAUUGCCUUUAACCGAGAAGCAAUUGGUCCGGCAUUAGUCCCGGCUUUGGUUUUGGCAGGAGAAGGAAAACUGAGGUGGGAAACUGUGGAAGAUAUAUGGUGUGGAUUGUGUGUGAAAGCUAUAUGCGACCACCUAGCCCUUGGUGUGAAAAGUGGGUUGCCAUAUGUUUGGAGAACCGAAAGAGGCAAUGCCAUAGACAGCUUGAAGAAAGAAUGGGAAGGGGUGAAAUUGAUGGAGGAUGUUGUUCCUUUCUUUCAGUCUGUAAGGUUGUCACAAUCAGCUAUCACUGUAGAGGACUGCGUGGUCGAGAUGGCCAAAUCAGUGAAGGAACAACUUGGGAAGGUGGAUCCCAUGUUUUCGCAGGCCGCUGAUGCUAUGGAAGAGUGGGUCAAGCUCUGGAAGUCAGUUGGAUCUGCUUGA